UUCAACCUCAGCUCUCUCCUUCCUUCAGAUCCCAUGAUUUUCAGUUCCUCUUAGCCUGGCCCUUACUAAACUCCCCCCUCACCUACAGAUUUUUCUUCUUUUUGCUCUUUUCGAUAGCUUUUGUUCUUUCUCUCUGUAGAACUAAUUACCUGCGCAUUUCCACAUCUUGUUUCGCUUCGGAUCAAAUCAAUCGAGGAAACUGCGCGGAAGGUGCAGCAUGUUGGAUGUUACAGUAACCUAUGGAUUCCAGGACAAAGGGAAUUUUUUGGAAGGGAGAGAACUACAGUGCUAACAUCUGAAUUCAAGAAGAUUAAGACCGAAUGAUUUCGAGGAAAAAGUUUCUGGUAGGAGUAUUUUGGGAGGGAGAGAACGACAGUGCCGAAAUCUGAAUGCAAAAAGGUUAAGACCGAUUGAUCGAUUUCGAGGAAAAAGGAUAUCCAAUUUAGGACGUUGUGAUUGAACAACACAUUGUGCAUCCCUGAGUGUAUUGGUUCAAGUUGGACAACCUUUGGCAAAACAAAAUAAAGCAGACUAAAGAAGAUGCCACUGUUCGUUGCCGAUGGCAUCGAGGAGCUAUGGGAUACUUGGAAUAUCAGAGGACUGAUUAUUCUAAGCUUCUUGCUGCAGUCUUUCCUAACUCUGUUUGCACCAUUAAGGAAGCAAAGAGGUGGGAAAGGGAUCAUCAUGAUUCCACUCUGGAUAGCAUACUUGCUUGCAGAUUGGGUGGCUACAUUUACUAUUGGACUCAUGUUGCCUGCUGCAGGCAGUGAGAUCUUGGCCUUUUGGGCACCCUUUCUUUUGUUGCAUCUUGGUGGCCCUGACACCAUUACUUCCUUCUCUCUGGAGGACAAUGAAUUCUGGAUUAGGCACUUGCUUGGGCUCAUAUUACAAGUUGGUUCGUCUAUCUAUGUUAUCCUUCAGUCACUCCCAGAUAACAAACUUUGGCUGCCAACUCUCCUAGUUUUAAUUGCAGGGGUAAUCAAAUAUGCUGAGCGCAACCGUGCCUUUUAUCUCGCAAGCUUUGACCAUUUUGGGAGUAAUUGGGCAUCAGUGCGGGGACCUGCAUUGCCUCCCAUGCCAAUACAAUUUCAACGAGUUUUUUAUUCACUGGAGUAUACCGCUUGGCAGCAUGGCGCGUGGCCGACAUUUUUGACGGCAAUAGUAACGGUUGGCGCUAGUAGGAGCUUACUUGUUGGUCCUCCCAUGACUAGAGCAGAACAAGAGGGCGUAUGUGUUUAUAUGCGAGGAAAAGGAUCACAUCAUGAGAUGCUUCGAAUCAUAGAGAUCCAAAUAAGCGUCUUGUAUGAGCUUCUUCAUACCAAGUUGCCCCUAGUUGAUUCCAAGAUUGGUUAUGUGUGCCGUAUGGUUAACUUUGGUUGCAUCUUGGGAGCCUUGGUGUCAUUCUCAAUACUACAUAAGAAGUACUACCAUAAUAAGUCGGGGCAGUUUGACAUCUACCUGACAUAUGCGUUGCUGAUCGGGGCUUUGGCAUUGGAUUUGAUAUCCAUCUGGUUAUUCAUGUCCUUUGAUUGGAUUAUUAUGAGGCUAUUCUCUAUCAAAAAGGGUAAUAAUGAACUCACUGAUAGGAGCAGGUGGUCUAACUCAGUUCCCCAAUUAAAUAUUUUUGCUUGUCGUUUCAAAAAUAAAGAUGGAGAUUAUCCAAACAAGUUGAUUGAUUUUCUUGGCACAAGGUUUGAAACCAUAAGAAGAAGAAUCCGAUGUGUGUCCCUCAAAAAUGUUGUAGAAGAGCAAGCUUGGAAGUUCAUUUUUAAAACAGUAAAAGAAAGGGAUAUUGGUGUGGCCCGCUCCAAAAUCUUUGAUCCAUCUAGAAUUCUCAUCGCUCAAACUGCCGACUUGGCUUGGACCUUCAACAAGUUUGAAUACAUGGAGAGCCUCUUGAUAUGGCACAUAGCUACUGAAAUAUGCUACCACAAAGAAUGUCCAAAUAACAGCCCCAGCAGUUCUACCUCGACAUCUAAUGAUCCUUUUUAUCACCCAAAAAUAUGCAAAUUGAUUUCAGAUUAUAUGUUUUACCUUUUAGUAAUGGAGCCUACUAUGACAGCCAUCUCGCCUAACAGUUUGAAGUUAGUUUUUGUUGCCACAGACUAUGAUGCAGCAGAUUGGAGGUGGACAAGUUAUUGGGAGAAGGGAUCCAAAGAAUCAAUCAUUAAAAAUCUGGAAAAGCAAUUGGAAGGAGAAGAUGAAACCGCUAAUACGCUACGUAUGUCGAAGGAAGAUGCAGACAAGUUAGAACCUGCUAAAAAGAAAUAUCUGGCUAAAUUUUCGAGAAUAGAGGCUGCACGUCUUCUUGCCAUGGAGCUCCUCAACCUCAAACAUCAGCUCGGUGGUUAUCCGUGGGAAUUAAUGGGGAAAGUUUGGGUAGAAAUAAUGUGCUAUGCUGCUAUUAAUUGCCAACCCAUUGUCCAUGCACAACAAGCAAGCAAAGGCGGACAACUUCUCACUUUGGUUUGGUUGUUGACCAAUUACUUGACACUUGCUUCUCGUGAAUGAAUAUAGUACUGAAUCCUGGGAGUUUGCUAUAGAAAAAUCAGGGAGCGUGAUACCGAUGAGAAGACGGCUGGGGGAGCCAAAAAAGAAGGAAACCGCUCGAGUAGGAGAUAACCACAGAGUUCAUGAAAUUGUGUCAGGUUUAAUUUCAAAGUGUUUUCUCUAGCUUUCUCUCAUUUCGAUCCGUACUUAAUUUGAAAAUCUCCUGUUAAUUUAUUAGUAACUGCAUUGCAUUCUAUUUACGGUUUUUUUUUUUUAAUGAAUUGUUUAUGGUUGUGUGUGUUGCUGUUUGGAGAUAUGUAUUCGAAUUUAGGAUAAUAAUAUAUUAUCAUGUGUGAUGCUAGAGCAAACAACAGAAUCCAGGACUAACGGUACCUAUAGCUUUUUUGUUUUCGAACAUUCAUGAAACAAGGUACCUAUAGGUUUUAUUUUUUUAUCCAUCUAAAAUAAUAUUGGAUUUGGCAU